CAGCAGCAUAAACAGCAUCACCAGCAGCAGGAGCAUCAGCAAGGUCAGCAGCAGAAGAAGCAAAAGCAGCACUCGCAGCAGAAGCAGCAGGAACAUCAGCACCAUCGUCAUCAUCGUCGUCGUCAUCAUCAGCCGGGAUGAGGAGGAUGAGAGGGAGGGGCCGCACGCCCAGCCCGGGCCCCGCCGGGUCCCCAGCGCGCAGCCCGUCCCCGGGGACGGGGCCCCAACGGGGGUCCUCACGCACCGGUGGGGGGGGGCCUGGCGGAGGUUCCGUGACCCCCGUGACCCCCGUGGCACAGGCAGCAGCAGCAGCGGGGCAACCUCACAGCUCGCGCGACAACAGCGAUGCAGAGGAGCGGGAGGAGGGAGAGGAGCUGUCGGCACGUGGCGACGCCGCCCCCGUGGAGGAGGGCGUGCGCUACAUCACCGAGGCGUUGCUGCGCCGCUUGAGCCGGCAGGAGGACCUGGCGCUCGUGCGCUCCCUCAACCUGGCGCUGGCGCGCGACGGCGGCAAGAAGUUCCGCUACAUAGAGAACCUGGAGCGCUGUGAGCGGCUGGAGGUGCUCACGUUGAGUCACAACGUCAUCGAGAAGAUGGAGCACAUGGAGCGGCUGGGGUCCCUACGCGAGCUCCACCUGUCCCACAACCUCAUCAGGAAGAUCGAGGGCCUGGAGCACAUGGCGCAGUUGCAGACGCUGGCGCUCGCCUCCAACCAAUUGGAAGCCAUCCCCGCGUGGCUGCCACGCCGCCUGCGCUGCCUCCGCUCGCUGGACCUCCGGGACAACAACAUCACCUCGCUGCAGGACGUGAGCCGGCUGAAGGCGCUGCAGGGGUUGGUGUCGCUGGCGCUGGCGGGGAACCCCGUGGCGGCGCUACCGCACUACCGGGCGCACACGGUGUUCCACCUGCGCUCGCUCGAGCGGCUCGACGCGCAGCCCGUGAGUGACGCGGAGCGCCAACUCGCCCACCAGCGCUUCCACCUGGAGGAGGUGGAGCGGCUGGAAGCGGCUCUGGCCGAGCGGCAGGCCCAGCUGGAGUCGUCCUCACGGCUUCAGGAGGAGUCGGCCGCGGCCCUGCUGCAGCGCGAGCAGCAGCUGCUGGCGCUGCAGCAGGAGCGGAGCGAGCGCGACGGCUCCGUGCACGAGCUGCAGCGCGAGCUGCACACCAAGAACCAGCUGCUGAAGCAGAAGAUGUUGGAGCUGACGCACGCGUGCCAGAAGCAGUACGAGCUGGAGCAGGAGCUCGCCUUCUACAAGAUAGAUGCCAAGUUCGACUCCCUGGGACACGCGCCGCCCCACGCCGGCGGGGACGACGACGACGACGACGAGUCGCCGCAGCAGCUGGCGCCCGGCGAGAGCCCGUACAUCGGCAAGGCGCGCUACAAGCGGAACGAGUUCGCGGGAGAGAGCCGCGUGCGGCUGUCCCCUGCGCGCCACGCGGCACUCGGCUCCGUGCAGAGCGACGGCGCCGCC